CGCACUUGUUUCAUACAAAUUCCCGGUCAAUAUUGCGACUUAGUUCCUUAUCCUGUAGACGACGGCAACGUUCAUCUGGACACGCAAGCGCCCACUGAUUCCAUCCGUUACUCCUUGACGGGAGAACAACUCGCCCCGGAUAUAUUGCAAUUCUCAAAUCUGAUGGCGUCCAUCUCAAUAUUUACUUUUGAUCACAGCCCUCCGCGGGUGUCUUCACCAUGGGCGACUCCCGCACCCGGGACCCAGCCCAAGCGUCGCGGCCUUCAGGAUUCCGCAUCAGCCAUGUCGCAGAGCCAGAAAAGCACCAUCUUCAGUUCUGGAGAUCCUGGAAUCACUGCUGUCGAGCUGAGCGGAAUUACGAAGCUUGAGGCGGAACCACAAGAGGGCCCAACCGAAUAUAAGCUGCAUCUUCUCCUACGACGUCGCAGAUCGUUCAUACGUACGACCACUGCGGGACGUGUCUCUGGGUCGCUGCGCCGCAUUGAAUCUGGAUCUUCCUCUGGAAAUCGAAGUGUGUCCGAACCUUGGGUACCUGGGACUCCUCCUGCUCCGUCAGUUACGACCCAGUCAAGACAGCACCGCCUAAGACAGCUCACAACCCAAUUAUAUUGGCGCUUGCAACAGUCAUGUCAGCAUCACGUCUCAUCUUCAUCUCCAUUGAUCGAACCCCAGUUCCCCGACGAUUCACAGCUCUCGGCCCCUAUUGUACCCCAGCGACUUCUUCCUGGCCUCGAAGAGAGCAAAGGAGCGUUAUAUGAGAUCGGGGUGGCUGAUGAUGGGACAUUCGCCGGGUUAGCCGAGGACGAAAUGGAAGAGAGUAUCAACAAUCUUCGCGCGAUGGCGGCAAGCCUUGGCUGUCGCGUGGACAUCAUCCGCAAGGUCCAUAUUGGCGACUGUGAAUGGCUUGAAGAAGAUCAUACCGGGUUCGAAUCUAAGCCAAUAGUAAGGGCCAGCAAGCUAUGGGUUGUGGAGGCUUUUGUGUAUCCAGAUCAACAUAUACCUGAACAUGCCGGCAUAGGAGAGUCACGUACCGACAACCAUCCAACCACCUUGCCCAGCACUACAUGUGUCUCGGAAUCAGGAAGCGCGAAGUACGAAGGCCAUCCAAGAACGCAACAACUCCGUGUCUCUCUGACGGGUGCUACCGGCACUGGGAAGUCUAGUCUGUUGGGGACCCUUUCAAGCAACGAACUAGACGACGGGAGGGGCAAGAGUCGGCUCAGUCUGCUUAGACACAGACACGAGAUUGCUUCGGGUAUGACAAGCUCGGUUACUCAAGAGCUCAUUGGUUACAGGGAUGUGCUCGAUCACCGCGGGUCGAGAGAGUCAACUCAGGUCGUCAGCUAUGGUACUGGGGACGUGUCAGAGUGGCUCGAUAUCCAUGCCUCUGCAGAGGGAGGAAGGCUGGUGCUUCUCGCAGACUCCGCCGGUCACCCACGUUUCCGUCGAACCACUGUCCGUGGCUUGGUUGGAUGGGAUCCCCAUUGGACAUUACUUUGUAUAUCGGCAGGCAGCACUGAAGAUUCUUCGCUUCGAUCCCACGAUACGGUUAGCGCCAGCACUUCGGAGACCGAUUUAUCGCAUGCUAAUCUUCGACUCUGUUUGAACUUGGAACUUCCGCUUGUCAUCGUCAUCACCAAGUACGAUUUAGCCAACAAGCCAAGCCUACGGCAGACCCUAUCCCCGAUCUUAACGGCGAUCAAGGAUGCAGGCAGGAAACCUCAGAUAGUAUCGGCAGCAAUUGAUCCUGGCUCAGAGGUCGAACUCGACACCGUUUCCGCGGAUGAGUUCUCUCAUAUCGGCCCCAUAGUCAACACCCUGAAAGACUCCCCGCUCGCUUUGGUCCCUAUAGUCUUCACUAGUGCUGUCAAAGGCACCGGUAUCACCAAGCUGCAUGCUCUGCUCCGGGAGCUUCCAAUCCCGCGCAAUCCUACACCACCCGAGAACGGCCCGCGCACGCUGUUUCACAUCGAAGACGUAUACAGCAACAUCCUGGCUCCUGCAAUGGAUCCAUCCUUAACGAAAUCUUCUCAGGACAGAUCCAUAGUGAUAGGAGGACAUGUCCGCUACGGCACCCUCCGCGUUGGCAGCGAGCUUCUCCUCGGCCCCUACAACAUCGACGCAUCGUCUGACGACAGCGACAGCGGACCUGGCUCUACGGUGGCUCCCGAGCGGUCACGUCGUCCCCCGGCUGCACAGCCGUCACGCUCGUUCCCCGGUGCAUUGCGUCGAUCUACUAUAUCCGUGUCCGCGAACGAGAAGCACCAGGAGUGGCGGCGUGUCCGUAUCACAUCCAUUCGUAAUCUGAGGCUCCCUAUGCGCAGUCUGUAUGCAGGACAAGUAGGCACCAUUGGCGUCGCGCCCGUAGACGUUCCGAUUGCGAGUCCGGCCACUGUCAGAAUCCGGAAAGGGAUGGUGCUUGCGGAUGGGGAACCGAGAGCUAAUCGCGUCAUCACGGUGCGGUUCCUGGGGCACAAUGCCCAGGCUGCUAAGAGUCUGAGCGUUGGGAGCGCAGUGGUGGUGUAUGUAGCCAGUGUACGGGCGAGCGCGAAGGUAGUCAGCGUUGCACCGGAAGAGCAGGGAGAAAGAGUUGGUAGUUAUGACAAGGCGGCUCGCGGGCAACAGGACGAUGAUGACGGCUUUGGAUUCGGCUUUGACGACGACAGUGACAAAGAUGGCGAAAUCGUCGGGACUCCAGGGACGAGCGCCGUUGUUGUCGCAUUCCAAUUCAUGACUUCAAGGGAGUUCUUUGAGGUGGAUGCCAAAGUGUUGAUACUCCCUGGUGGUGGACCGGGCUUGUAUGGAGGUACGGAGCGGGGCGAGAAAGGGGUGGCGGCGUUGGAGGGCUUUGUUGGGCGAGUAGUGGUGGGUUAUUGACCUGGUUGAUUGGUGCAUGGAUCUGUUUUCAUCAAAUUUGCUUCUGUCUCUGUUUCCCAUCUCUCCUAAUACAUUUUGUCGUCUCUAGAACCUAAUGCAACAGCUGUUCUUCUGGCAUUCGUAGAGAGAUGUAAGAGGGUCCUACAUGGUUGAUCUUCGUCGUUGUUUUUAUGGUUUGACCAGAGGGACCGUGCUACCAUUGGUUUCCUGGGGCAAAUCAAUGUAUCCGUCUCGGCCAGGCCUAUUCACAUUAUCCGAGCGAU